AUGAUGGCGAUAUCUUUGUUACAGAGCUUUCUUCAACAAGAGUAUACCUCUAAUUCAAUCUUCCUCACAGCCAUAUCUGUGAUAACUUUUCUGUUCUUAGCAUACUUAGCUAUAUCAGAAAUCAUAGGGAAACACCUCCAGUACUCCAAAUUCUGGAACGUGAAUUCUUCAGCUAAGCAACAGAUCAAACUCUCAAGCACAACAGGCAUGCUCAUACUCUACACUCCGGCGUUCCUCGCCUCACUCGCUUCCUUUUGGGUCUUCCCAGAUGGUGGAAUUAGGUUCAUGAUGGCCAAAUCAGCUAUAACUAUCCAUUUCUUCAAACGGGUUCUUGAGGUUCUGUUUGUCCAUAAAUACAGUGGUGGCAUGGUUCUGGACUCUGCUAUUCUUAUCUCUUCCAGCUAUUUGUUUGCUGCUGCAGCCAUGAUCUAUAUCCAACACUUAGCUCAAGGGCUUGCAGAGCCAGUGAUUGAUCUGAAGUAUCUGGGGGUCGCACUUUUUAUAGCAGGAAUAGGUGGUAACUUUUAUCACCAUUACCUUCUUUCCAAACUUAGGGGGAAGGAUGAAAAAGGAUAUAAAAUUCCCCGUGGUGGGCUCUUCAACUUGGUUAUAUGCCCACACUAUCUUUUCGAAAUUCUUACCUUCAUAGGCAUUUCUUUUAUCUGCCAGACGACGUUUUCCUUUUCCUGCUCGAUAGGCAUAGCUUUGUACUUGAUUGGAAGGAGUUAUGUCACCAGAAAAUGGUACCUUUCCAAAUUUGAUGAUUUCCCUAAGGAUGUCAGGGCUCUGAUUCCUUAUGUUUUCUAA